AUGGUACACCCUGAUGUAGUUCAAGUAAACCAGAAAGGAAGGCGAGAUUAUAAGGUUAGCAUUUACAACAAGACAAAUUGGGAGAUUGGCUUAAGUGGUGCACUAGAGACAUUAUGUGGCCAAGUAUUUGGUGCAAAAUUGUACAAAAUGCUAGGGAUUUAUCUUCAAGCAUCAUUUAUGAUCUCGAUCAUUUUCUCCAUAAUCAUAUCCACAAUAUGGUGGUUCACCGAACCUAUAUUGAAUAUACUACUCCAUCAAAAUUCGAACAUUUCUAAAGAAGCAGCAGUUUACAUGAGAUUUCUAAUACCAGGCAUAUUCGCAUUUGGUCUUUUACAAAACAUCUUGAGGUUCCUCCAAGCGCAAUCUGUGGUUUUACCCUUGGUUACAUUCUCACUCGUUCCGUUACUCUUACAUUGUGUCCUUAACUAUAUCAUGGUUCAUUUCACAACCCUUGGAUAUACGGGAGCAGCAUUGGCAACCUCCUUGACGUUUUGGUUAUCGCUUAUAACUUUGGUCAUAUACGUGAGCUUUGCUAAAAAAUUUGAGCAUUCUUGGAGAGGGUUGUCGAAGGAAUCAUUUCACCAUGUCUUCGUCUACUUGAAAUUGGCAUUACCUUCGGCUGCUAUGGUUUGUGUCAAUACGGAAACAAUAGCUUACAUGGUUACUUACGGGCUGAAUGCUGCAGCAAGUACGAGAGUUUCUAACGAGCUUGGAGGCGGGAAAGCAAAUCAAGCGAAGCAUGCAAUGGGCGUGACACUGAAGUUGUCGAUUCUCCUAGCCGCUUUUGUGGUUCUUGUUCUAGGCUUGGGACAUGAUAUUUGGGCAGGCUUCUUUAUUGGCAAUGCCAGUAUAAUCAAAGCAUUUGCCUCCUUGACUCCUCUGCUUUGUAUUUCAAUUUUUUUGGACUCGAUUCAAGGCAUACUAUCAGGGGUAUGCAGGGGAUGUGGUUGGCAGCAUUUAGUCAUGUACAUAAACUUGGGGACAUUCUACCUCAUUGGUAUGCCCGUUGCAUACUUAGUUGCCUUCAAGUUGCAGAUGUAUGUCAAGGGCCUUUGGAUUGGUUUAAUCUGCGGCCUCGUCUUGCAAUCUAGUUUGCUUUUCCUGAUUACUCGACUCCGGAAAUGGAUGGACAUCAUUUGA